AUGCCCGAGUCAAACACCAGCCUGUCAGUCCAGCAUUUUGGGCCGCUACCGCGCUUCGCUUCACGUCGCCUCUGCCAGAAAGCCUCCGAACAGAAUGAGGAGCUCACCAAAGCCGAGCGCCUGCUUCUGUUGAGCCAGUUGAACCUUGCGGGCAAAGCCCUCGCGUACCCAAAAUCUCUCGACGAUGCGCAGGUGAAUGAGGUUCUCGGUUAUCCACCACCCGACGUGCUCGCAAGUAACGUCAAGGCUGUGACUGGCCUAAACUCCAUUGACGAGGUGCUCCGCGACUACUGGGCUCCGGACCGCACCAAGCAGCUCAGCCGUGAGGCUUUGAAUUGCAUCUUCGAAGAAUGGUGGACGAGCCAUACUAGCGACAUUUACGACCAAGAUUCCUCUUUUCCUGGUGACACAGAUGUGGAGCAUGCGGCCUCUGGGCUCGGACACCUAUUACGACCAGAGCAGACUAAGUUUGAAGAAGCUGUGUCGGACAAAGUCGACGACGACAUGGAUAGUGUAGUGGAUGACAAAUUUGAGGUCGACAUGCGACAGAGGGCUCAAAAGUCUGGUGCGGAGUGGGCGAGCAUCAAGAAGCAGUAUGCUGCCGAGCGUCGGGCGCGAACUGAGCGCCUACGCGAGGAGCUGGAGACACAGCUUGAGGAGGAGCUCCGUGACGCAUCUCAGGAUGACCUCGCCGCCAUCAAAGCUCUACGGGACCAGAUGGCGCUGGAUAAAGUUGAGGAAGAGCGGGAAGACGCGGAACUGGCGAAAGCCUGGGAGCGCGAGGAUAGCGAGGAUAGUGAAGACGACGAGGCAGAUUUUAGCGACGACGACUCUGAAAUGCGCUACUAG